GAGGGAGGCCGUCCGUGAGCAGUUCCAGCCAUCUGCCCCUGCUCAGUCGUCUUCAGUUCCACCGAUGCCAGCUCUACCAUCUACCCAGCCGCCAAAGAACAAGAAGAGGAAGGGGAAAGGUGCCCUGGCAGAUAAGAGGACCCGACGGAGGCUACAGCAGAUCCCUCAGUGCCCGACAUGCAAAAAACUUCACCGAGGCGAGUGUCGCUUUGUUCAGGAUGUACACUACUACUGUCACGAGCCCGGACACUUCGUGAACCGUUGUCCGAAGAAGGCGCAGCAGCCUCAGCAGCCUCAGCAGCCACCGCAGCAGCAGCAGCCCCGUCAGCAGGCACAGAGGCAGCCGCAGCAGCAGCAGCAGCAGAGGGGCAGACAGCAGGCCCGAGUUUACGCCGUCGAUCAGGCUGAGGCCGAACAGCAGCCAGGUACCAUGUCCGGAAUGGUUAUUCUUAAUAAUGUUCCUGUGUUUGCUUUAUUCGAUACUGGAGCGACACAUACUUUCAUUUCACGACGAUGUCUUGACGCCAUCGGAGUUCGUGCUACUACCGCUAUCGAUCCUCUUGAGGUGAGUUUGGCCUCAGGACGAAAGAUAGUGACCUCAGCUAAAGCUUCAGAUCUUAGCCUUUCCAUCGGUGGCCGAGUUUUGUCUACCGACGCGUUUGUUCUCGAGAUGAGGGAUUUCGACCUUAUUCUCGGAAUGGAUUGGCUAUCCUCUUAUCAUGCGGAUAUCAGAUGUCAUGACUGGGAGAUUACUCUCUAUCUUCCAAGAGACAAGUCGAUUACUUUCUUCGGCUCCAGAAAUCGUUCUUUGCCUCAUGUUGUUUUGAUGGCAAAAGCCACUAAGUUGCUGCGACGAGGCAACUGCCAGGGUUAUCUAGUGAGCCUUGUCAAUGAUUCCCAGAAAGCACGUUCACCUCACGAUGUUCCAGUCGUUCGAGAGUUUGUGGACGUAUUUCCAGACGAGCUUCCAGGAGGACCGCCUAACCGGCAGGUGGAGUUCUCAAUUGAUCUCGUUCCAAGAGCCGGUCCAGUGUCCAAAGCCCCGUACCGCAUGGCGCCUAAGGAGUUGCAGGAGCUUAAGGCGCAGAUUCAGGAGCUGUUACGACUCGGUUUCAUCCGACCGAGCAUGUCACCUUGGGGAGCACCCGUUCUCUUUGUUAAGAAGAAGGACGGAUCCAUGUGCAUGUGUAUCGACUACCGGGAUCUUAAUCGGUUGACGAUCAAGAACAAGUACUCGCUUCCCAGGAUCGACGACUUAUUUGAUCAGCUGCGGGGAGCCUGUGUGUUCUCAAAGAUUGAUUUACGAUCAGGCUACCACCAGCUGAAGAUUAAAGAGUCAGAUAUCGCUAAGACCGCUUUCAAGACUCGUUACGGCCAUUACGAGUUUGUAGUCAUGCCAUUCGGUCUCAGCAAUGCGCUAGCAGUUUUCAUGGACCUCAUGAACCGUAUCUUCCAUCCCUACCUCGAUCAGUUUGUUAUUGUCUUUAUUGACGAUAUUCUUAUCUACUCGAAGAGCCAGAAGGAGCACGAGGAGCAUCUGAGGGUGGUUCUUGAAACCCUCAGACGAGAAAAGUUGUUUGCAAAAUGCUCCAAAUGCGAGUUCUGGCUCCAGCGAGUAUCCUUUUUGGGUCAUGUGAUUACUCAGGCAGGUAUCGAGGUGGAUCCUUCUAAGGUCUCAACUGUUCAGAACUGGUCGACACCGAGGAGUCCGUCCGAGGUUCGCAGUUUUCUCGGUCUAGCUAGUUACUAUCGCAGGUUCAUCGAGGGUUUUUCCAAGAUCGCUCUCCCUCUAUCCCAGCUGACGAGGAAGUCUGUGAAGUUCGAGUGGACUGACCGAUGUGAGUCGAGCUUUCAGGAGCUCAAGAGAAGAUUAACUUCAGCACCGGUGUUGACUAUUCCCGAUCCUUCUCGGAGUUUCACCAUCUUCAGCGAUGCUUCGAGACUGGGCUUGGGAUGUGUCCUUAUGCAAGAUGGCCAGGCCGUCGCGUAUGCUUCACGUCAGCUUAAGCCGCAUGAGCAGAAUUAUCCGACGCACGACUUGGAGUUAGCAGCAGUCGUUCAUGCUCUCAAGAUUUGGCGACACUAUCUUUACAGCGGUCAUUGUGAGAUUUUCACAGAUCAUAAGAGCUUGCAGUAUAUCUUUACUCAGAAGGAGCUCAACAUGAGACAGCGCCGUUGGUUAGAGCUCGUCAAGGAUUACGACUGCUCGAUUCAGUAUCAUCCGGGGAAGGCGAACGUCGUUGCUGAUGCCCUAAGCCGAAAGGUGAGGGGUGACUUGACGUACGUCAUUACUCAGCAGAGUCCGUUGAUUCAGGAGUUUGCCCGGAUGCAACUUCAGGCGAUUGAUGCACUUCCCAUAGCA